UUUCGUACUAUUGAUUUCCAGUAUUUCCUUGAUUAGGGAAGUUCUGAUGGGUUUUGUUAUUCGAACAAUUUGUGGUGCACUUUAGCUGUUAGUAAAAAGUUUCACUGAUGAAAUUUGUUGGGGAUUUUGCUUCAUAAACUCCAAGACACAGUCCAAUUACUUUGGGUUUUUACUGUUUAGGAUAGAAAUUUGUUUUUGUUCAUGGACCGCUGGCGUGGAGUUCUAAAAGUCCCAUUACAUCCUCUUGCUGGGACCUGCUACCGUGUUGCAGCAUCUCUCUGCCUUUCCCCUACUUCCGAAACACUAAUUGUUCCUUCAGCAAAUGCCAUCUUUUUUGGCGGAGAUCGAGUUGCAGGCACUGGUAAUCUAGUUGUUGAGAGGUUAUCAGACUUGCAGAAUAUAGCUGAAAUACUGGUUGCAAAGAUUGGUGGUUCAGUCAAUGCUUGGGUUAUUGAAGCUUCUGAUUUCAAUGGGUCUUUCGCUGUGUACAAGGACUUUAUACCAUCUGUUAAUCAACGGGGAGAGCCAAAAUCAUACUGCCCUGUUGGAUAUCCAGCUUCUGGAUCAAUUGUUUCACUCUUAUCAAAUUUCCUUGAAGAGGUGAAGAAUAGCAUAGUGAGACAGAACAAACUGUGCUCACCAGGAAAAUCCGCAUCACAUUUUACUCAACCUGAGACAUUAAUUUUUGGAUUUAGCAAGGGUGGCACUGUACUUAACCAGAUAGUUACCGAGCUUGGCUUCUCAGAUAUUGAAUUAUCUGGAGGUGAGCUCGUGGAGGAAAAAAAAAUUAGUAUGGAAGAAGAGAUUCAUAUCAUACCUAGAACAAAGGAAACCCUUCUGAACAGCAUCAGAGAAAUUCAUUAUGUGGAUGUUGGACUAAAUUCACCUGGUGCAUAUAUCACUGACCAUAGUGCGAUUGAGAAAAUCUCCAAACGCCUAACACAAGUAGAUAGAGGAAUCCGUUUUAUCCUUCAUGGAACACCCAGGCAAUGGUGUGACAGCAGGCGUUCUUGGAUAUGCAAUGAAAAAGACAAAUUGGUUCAUCUGCUUGAAUCUGAAGCUCAAAGAAGAGGUGGAAAAUUACAGGUUUGUGAGAAAUUCUAUUUUCCUGAUAGGCCACCUGAUUUGCAGAUGCAUUUUGAAAUAAUUGAAAAAUUGGAUGUCAGUUAACCACUAUAAAUUGUAAUUAUUCUAUCAAGUAGAAAGUAAAUGAAGUAUGCAAUUAUAUUUAUGAUUGUUUUAAAGUUAUAUUAUGAAAAUAGCAGUGACUGUUAGACAAAUAGGAGUAUGUAAUGAAUUGUAGUACUUCUCUACAUGAAAAUCACCAUGAGGGCUUAUACAA